GUAUUAAUUACAAUCAUUGUACCAGCAUAAAUUACGAAUGCAAGAUGAAAUGCCACCGCUGCUGCGACAAAAAAUUGUCAAAUGAAUUUCCAUUCUUUCCUUUGACGGAAGACUGUGAUCAUGCACUACUUCAUUGUCUUGAUUGCGCAAUUGAAAGUGUUAAAAAGUACCAGAUGUGUUCUUUGUGUGAGAUCAGAGUCACUGAAGACAAUGUCAUGUACAAGGAAUAUCUGGAGGCAUUGGAAUUCCUCUUUCCAAAUGAAGAGAAUGAAGAAAUACCGAGUAAAGAAACAACAUACAUGCUACAGACAGGCAAUCUUUACAUCACAACCAUGUCUGGAGAAUCACUGACUCUAACUUAUUAUCAAAAUAAGAGAAUUUCAGAUCUGAAGAAAGAAGUGCAAAGUGGUCUCAAAACAGAGCCAGAAAAGCAGCGUCUACUUUAUCAAAAUAAAGAGCUCAAGGUUUACAGUCCAGGUCAUGGUGCAAUGACAUUAAAAGACUACAAUAUUCCACCAAACAGUACACUACAUCUUAUUGUUGUAUUGUGUGCAGUACCUGAUGAUUUAGAUGAAGUUGUCUUUGAUUUUUGUUGGGGAUUACCUUAUGGAAGGUCACGUGAUUAUUUGGAUGUUUCAGUGUUUGCAUACAGUGGAACUAAUGAUCUUGGUACCAUAUACUAUCGAAAUCGUUCUUUGAUGCAAGUCCCUGGAGUUGAGCAUUCAGGUCCUGCAUAUAUGGGUGUUGGUGAAGGACGUCAAAGAGUAAAUGUAAACCUUCAGUCCAUUCCUCAGCAUAUUGAUAAAAUAGUUUUCACACUCAGUGCUUGGGGUUCAUCCAACAUUUCAAAGUAUCCAUACUACAGGCUUAAGUUUUACGACAGGAAGUUUCCUGACCAACAACUAUGUAAUGAUAAAGUUGAUGCACAUCUUCUCCACCACAGAUCAAUCAUUAUGUGCAGUCUCUAAAAAGAAUGGCAGAUGGGAGGUCAUUGAGGUGAAACAGGGAUCAGAUGGAUUUACAAGAAAUUAUUUCCCUUGAGAUCAAAAAUUGAAUCAUUGAUUAGACUCAACCUUCUCUAAAGAUACCAAUAACCAGAACUGAAGUAUUGUCAUUCAUAGCAAAUAGAAUAUAUAGCGUAUGAAAUAAAUUGCCAUCAAGUUAUCAACCAUAUAAGUGAUAAAACUUGUAAAUCAUUUUCUAAUUGCACAGGAAAUUAUGUAAUAUAAAGUAAGUAAAAUAUACAUCACCUGUAAUUUCACCGAAAUGUUAUCUAAAAUUAAAUUUACACGAUUUCUUCGAA